GACGAAGAGGUCUUUUUCUGAUUCUGUGAUGUCCCUUUCACCUACCGAUUUUCAUUUUAUUUUUUAUUUUUCGAUUGUGUGUCUUUCUCCAUUGAAUAAUUUUAAUGCCUGUGAGUAAAUUUUUCCCCUUAAUUGCCACUCAUCAGCAAUCAAUUCCUCCCUUUUUACUCUCUUCUCGGAGUUUCUGAGCGCUGCUGCUGCUGCAGUAGUCAAAGGAUUUGAAUGAAGGCUUGAGGAGGAGGAGGAGGAGAAGAGAGGAUUAAGAGAUAACCGAAGCGAAGAAAAUGAAGAGGCUAGUAAGUACUUUUGGUGUUGCUCUUGGCAUUGUCUUCCUCGUCAUUGAGCAAUGCUGCAUCAGAGGACAAUGGAGUAUGCAUGUCGAAUUGGCCAUUGACUCCAAGGCCUCAUAGUGUGUCCGUCACUGAAUUUGGGGCUGUUGGAGAUGGGAAAACAAUAAACACCUUAGCAUUUCAGAAUGCAAUUUUCUAUCUAAAGUCAUUCGUGGACAAGGGCGGCGCCCAGCUCUAUGUUCCGGCUGGAAAAUGGCUUACAGGAUGCAUAACUCUCACCAGUCAUCUUACACUUUUCCUGGAUAGAGAUGCCUUCAUUCUUGGUUCCCAGGAUGUUAGUCGCUGGGAGGUUGUUGAUCCGUUGCCUUCUUAUGGUCGAGGCCUGGAACUACCUGGUCGAAGAUAUAAGAGCUUAAUCAGUGGACAAAAUAUAACUGAUGUCGUUAUUACAGGUAACAAUGGAACUAUUGACGGACAAGGUUUGGUUUGGUGGGAACUUUACAGCAACCAUUCCUUAAACUACAGUCGCCCGCAUCUUGUGGAAUUGAAUGGAUCCGACAAUGUUGUUAUAUCAAACUUAACCUUCGUAGAUGCGCCUGCCUGGAGCAUACACUCGGUUUAUUCCACCAAGUUGCUAGUUCAGAACAUCACAGUUUAUACGCCACCAGAUUCUCCACGCACGAGUGGCGUAAUCCCAGAUUCUUCUGAUCAAGUCUGUAUCGAGAACAGCAACAUCAGCACGGGAUAUGACGCCGUGGUGCUUAAAAGCGGUUGGGACGAAUACGGAAUUUCCUACAACAAAUCGACAAGCCAUGUCCAUGUCAGGAAGCUUCUCCUACAUUCCUUUUCUGGCUCAGGUUUGGCCUUUGGCAGCGAAAUGUCGGGCGGGAUUUCAAACGUAUUGGCAGAGAAUCUCCACGUGUACGACUCCGAGACAGCCAUCGAGCUGAAGACAGCGAAAGGGAGAGGCGGUUACAUUAAAGACAUCAUGGUAUCAGACGUCAUCAUCGAAAAUGUUCGUCAAGGAAUCAAAGUGACAGGUCAGUUCACUUCUCAUCCAGACGAGAAUUAUGAUCCCUUAGCGCUGCCAGUUGUCACCGGAAUUUCCUUCCGCGACUUUGUUGGGAUAAACAUCACCACCGCCGGAAUAUUCUCCGGAAUUGAAGAAUCACCAUUCACGUCGAUAUGCCUGUCAAAUGUGUCCUUAUCGGUCACUCCCGAUGAUCCGUCGAAAGCGUGGAUAUGCGCCGACGUUGCGGGCUCGUCUGCACGUGUUUCACCCGAACCCUGCUUGGAGCUUCAGCAGGGGACAUCGUUGUCGGAUUGCUCGAUCUUCUUGCAUCCCAACGGGCAAAUUCAAGCUGCGAUCUUGUAAGUUUACAGCUCUUUUUUCUGUGAUUAAAAACCUGUCCAUUCUUUCGUCAAGUCGAUCGAUUGCGGUGAUGUUCGAAUAAGUUGCAAGGGAAGGCAGGGUAAGAUUUACUCAGGGAGGAAACAGCUAUACAUAUACCUCUUGAAGGAAGGCAUUCAAAUCAAAUCAAGUUAAGGUUAUGAUAUAUAUGAUUUCAUUCCUUUUGUUUUUUUGUUUUUUCGGGUUUUAUGUGUACAGCGUCGAAGUGAAGUGUUUCUUCUUCUUCUUCUUCUUCUUAUUCUAUCAUUCAUGUGUAAGAAAAGUUUUGGUAGUGGAGACUGCUGCUGCAUUUCAUUUCA